CUCUGGCCUUCACAUGCAGGUGCACACACAUACUACAUACACAAGACUGGGCAGCAACCUAAUAAUAAAAUUACACACUGCUUCUCCCAUGCCCUCCAAUCUUAUGGACAUAUCAUAAAAUUCCAGUAUAUUAACAGGAUUGCAACUGAAAGAAUUGCAAGACUCAGACCCUGUGGAAGGAGGAUCAAGACCGUCUUGUUGCUCGUACACACAGCUCUUUUUGCAGUACGAUAAACCUGAAGAAAGUGAGGAAAACCGGAGACAGCAGGGGAGACCAAAGGCAAGGACCUCCGGAGAGGUGCUGGCCCCCAGCGCCCGAAUCUGACAGCAAACCGUGAAAUCUCUGAAGCCUAGCCCUCCAAAGGUAAAACCUGAGCCUCACAUACUAUGUUCUGUUCAAGCUUGAAAAACAACAAGAAAAGCAAAAUCUGGAAGCAUCUGAACCAGGUACUCAUGGUGGAAUUUUGGAAUUUCAGAUUAGGAAUUUAAAGUAACUUGAUAAGCAGGCAAGGCAUCUUGGCACUCACCUUUAAUCCUAGCACUCGGGAGGCCAAAACAGGCAGAUCUCUGUGAGUUUGAGGCCAGCCUGGUCUACAGAGUGAGUCCCAGGACAGCCAGGGCUACAUAGUGAAGUUAGAUGUGAAGGAGACAAGAUGGAGGCCGUUGGGGGCAUUGAAGGGAAGCAGCAGAGGAUGUUUAUGAUCAAAGUCCAUUGUACAAAUGUAUGACAUUUUCAAAGAAUAAAAAAGUACUGUUUUGGUUGUCAUUGUUGUUUUUCAGGACGAGGUUUCUCUGUGUAACAGUUCUGACUGUCCUGGAACUUGAUCUGUACACCAGGUUGGCCUCGAACUCACAGAGAUCCAUCUGCUUCUGCCUACUGAGUGCUGGGAUUAAAAGCAUGAGCCACCACCACCACACAAAUACCCUUUUGAAAAGGUAAUGAUACUUGAUUUCUCAAGUUUCUUGAAAUUAUUUAGCCCACUCAAUGCCAACUCCAUGAUGACCUAUAAAUCCUGUGCCUCACUGGACAAAGGAAGUGUCAGUCAUGGUAAUUCUUCAGGACAUUACCAUGGUUACUAGAACCCAGUGCUCCUGAGUAGACAUUCUGAAGAGAAGGGGGCACUGAGAUGGCUUUCUUCAACUUGUAUCUAUUAGGAUACCAACAGUCUCUUCGGUCUAAAAAGAGAAACGCAACCAAAGAAACAAACCAGAAGGAUGGAGUGUCUAGGUUUCCCCCGAUUAUCUCAACAGACGGUAAUUAUUCCAUACACCAGAAUAGCCACGAGAGGUACCAGGAAGCUGUACGGAAGACGCUGUUAAAAACAUUCCCCAAUCAGGUCUUCAGAGUCCCAGUGACUGAUGCUCAGAACUUCAGCUUCUGGCGGCCCCAAAAUCCAGGCGUGCGUCCAGAGGAAACCAUCCCAUGGAUGCAGGGUCCACGCCAUUGUCUCAUUAAGAGCCCAAUGACCAGGUUAGGCUGAGAAGGGUCAGGGUGGGAGACUGGGGAAAGUUCUCUCCCCCUGCCCUCACUGAAACCCAUAGUAUGUUUCAACUCCACUUAAAGAGCUGAUAGUAAGCUGGGUGUGGUGAUGCACAACUUUAAUCCCAGCACUCAGGAGGCAAAGGCAGGUGGAUCUCUGUGAUCUGUGAGUUCAAGCCCAGCCUGAUCUACAGAGAAUUCCAAGACAGCCAGAGCUGCAUAGAGAGACCCUGUCUCAGAAACAGGGGGGUAGGUAUCAGAGAAUAGAAGAGAUCUGAGGUUUAUCAGGGAGCGUGGGCCUCAGACCCUGGGCAGUGUGGUCUCCACGCAGUAUAGUUUGAGAUCUGUCUGCUUUGCUUGAUGGGUGAGAGACUUCUGAACAGGCACAGAAUCAACGUCUCCAGCAUUCCUGUGGGCUCCUGAGGAUGUUUCUACGCCCACCAGCAUCCACUAGACUCAGUCCUCCUCGGUAGCCCUACUUCAUCCCCCACCCCCCACCCCCGCCCAUUCUGCACAGAGGCAGCAAUGAGGACCAUUUUUAAGGAUGC